AUGCCGACCAAGCACCCGUCCGCUUGGAGGCUGAACAAAGCGGAGGAGAAAUCCGUGGACAGCGACCUUGCUGUUUGGGAAGCAAGCCAGCCUCAAGACUUGAGCCAGGAAGAGUUGCAGCUGAAGCGGGCUGAGGAGAAGAAACGCCUGGUGCGAGUGAUCCAGGAGGCCAAGCACCAAGCUUCCUUGAAUAAGCAACAGACUGCUGGAGCAAGGGUCAAAGCUGCAGCUAGUAAGGCAAGUUCGCCAGCUGGCGCAUCCACGGCCCCACAAGUUCCUGGAACUGGAGAUGGUUCUACUUGCAACGGCGACUACUUUGAGUCCCUCAAGCAAGACCUCGCUGUAAUCGAGAAAGCUCUGGGUUCCAAGCUGAAGGAGCAGAUGCCGACUCCAAUUGCAGCGAUGGUUGGUGAGAAGACAGGCGUGCAGGACAGCCACUCCAGGGACGAAUAUAAGUUAGACAAGGCCCGGGUAGCUCUGGAAGCCCACGGCACGUACAUCUGCAGUUGCAACUUGUACUGGCUGGACGGCUGGAAGUCCCCAGCGCCAGGAGUACCACUCAGCCGAGCCCGCGUCCAGCAACUGGCUUCCUUCUACUUUCCUCCCGAGCGGAACAACAACUUCUUUCAGAGGUUGCUGGAAGUUCAAGUGAGUGUGGCCUCCUUGACAGACAAGCCCACUGGUCUUGUAGUGAUUUCUCCUCUGGAAAUCAUCCACGCCAUCUUCUUGAAGGCAGCCGAGGAGCUUGGUCAGCCAGGCGUGACAGCCGCUUGCAAAGCAGCUUGGACCGAAGCCCUGACAGCUGUGCCGGUUGUCAUGGUUGAGGUGCCGGAAAGCGAUGUCUGGGUGCACGCGCUGAACCGCCGCCAGCUCGUUCAGCAAGAACACGAGUCUCUGACAAGGACAGCGUGGCAAAACGCGGCCGAGUUGUACCACUUGCAGGCUUUGAUGGAAAAGAUGGAAGGCCGCAAACUCACAGAAGCGGAGGUUGUCCAGUUGCUCAAGACCAAGCACCUUAUGACCGCUCAGAAAGGCCAGUCGCCUAUGGACAACUCGAACUAUUGCGAAUGGAAUUUCACAGCUGCGAAGACGAUCUUCACGAAGCUCCACUCGGACCAAGUCAUUAGCGACAUUGUCCAGAAGCAAGAUGCUUUGAAAGCCUCUAACUCUUGUUUCAACAGCAUGGUGAAGUUGGAGAAGCUCGCUCAGCGGCCCAGUUGCGUCGCUUCUCGUCGAUUCAUUUUCCAAUUGAUCGACGACAUGCUUUGCCAUGGGAUCCUGAAAGACGAUGAUUUGAGCAAGAAGGAUAUCAUCGGCACGUCGAACAAUGUUGGACUCAUCCACUUGUUCGAGUUCAAGUGGCGCAGUCUCAGCUACAUCCUUGACAUCAUGGCUGUUCAGGCAAAGCUGAAGGACCAGGAUCGCGCGUUGCUGAAGGAGCACAUGUCCGACCCUAAGACUGCCAGGGAGAACACCGUCGACAAGGUGAGCUGGCAGUCUUCUUUGUCGAAGUCGUCCCUGGAAGCCUUGACCUAUGUCCAGGACGUGGUCUUUCUGAAGACUUAUGACAACUUGAUCAAGCAGGCCAUGAAGCCCAACUCCCACCCGGAGAUCCUGACUGAGCUUGAGACAGUGCAGGAACUCUGGAAGCAAGUCUGCAGCUUCAGAGAGAACGAGCUUGCAGAAGAAAAGGCUGCUCUGAAAGCCUUGGAAAGCAAAAGUGAAGAGGAAGAGGAUGAGGAACCAGAAGCGCAAGGCCAGAACAGCCUGUUGAAGAUGGCCCGGAAGACUCCUAACAGUCUGCCGCAAGGGUCGCCCCAGUACUGGAAAGCAGUUGCAAACCAAACUGUCCGAAUGUAUUGCUGCUUUGUGCCAGAGAGCACCAGCGCGGCAAACAUGGUGACAGCCAUGGAGCAGAUGAACCUGACGACUGGGGAAGUUGGGAAGUCGUGCACCCUGGUGCACUUGGACACAAGCUUGUUGGGUGAGAGCACUGGCCCAGACUGCCAAGAAGGCUUGAGAAAAGUGUGGCACCCUGACGAGGCGAUCGUGCAGAAGCUGCUCGGCUCCACACUUGUGGCCCUGGGCGCUCAGCAGGACAAGAACGGGAAGUGCACCUCACCUGGUGAGGGAACUGUGGCUGCGGUGCUUGACCCUCUCGGGGUGAUGCCAAAGACUUUCAUGAAAGACUCUUGCUGCCAGACGGUGUGGAUUUGCUUCAAUGAGGAAAGCAUCCGCGCGCGAAAGAAGAAAGUCCGAAGCCACAGCUACAGUCAGCGUUUGGAGCUCGCACUCUACUCUGAAAAGUCUUUGGGUGUGAUCCUGCCGGAGAAGCCCAGACAGGUGUACUCUGGUUGGUCCUCUGGAGAUGCCAUCGCCUUUGUCACAGCGAUGCCGGUCUCCCAGCUGUGGAGGAUGAGCAGGAAGGAGAAGGUUGACCUGCUCAGUGCCAAGAGGAUCGUCACGGUGGAUGGCAAGGACGCUUCUGCCUUGGAAGAGCAAGAGACUUGCUUCAGCUGCAGCCUGGCCCCUUCGGAGUUCUACACGGAGUUGAUUCAUUCAUAUUGCGCCAGCAAUGUGAUUGAUGCCUCCCCUGCGCAGGGAGAGUUCAUGAAGGCUUGCUUGUCCAGCCGGACGAAGGCAGUGGCGAUCUGUGGAACUGAAAGCCACUGUGCUCGUCUUGAACUGCUGCUGACAGACUUCGUGCUGAGCGAACUGUCCCGCGAAGGGUCCACGUUCUAUCGCCCUGACGCCAUGAGCAAAGACGAGGAGGACACCCACGAAGGAAAGGGAGGCGCAGGGACGAAAGCUGUCCCCAAAAAGGGGCCGAAAAAAAAGGCAGGACAAGGCGAAGAGCUUGAGCCCAAGCCCAAGAAGAACAAGAAACCGAAGAAGCGUGAGGCCGACGAAAAGGACGAAGAAGCUGCCGAAGAAAUCAAGCAGCCCAAGGCGAAGAAGCCCAAGAAGGAGGCCAAGGACGAGGACGAAGAGGAUGGCGACGAGUCAUCUGAGCUUUGGUGA